UUUUGUCUUUUAAGUGAUGCUGAAUCAAACAACAGUCACUGAAUUUCUCCUCCUGGGAGUCACAGACAUCCAAGUAUUGCAGCCUUUUCUCUUUGCAGUUUUCCUUGCCAUUUACUCUGUUAACGUGGCUGGGAAUGGAGCCAUCCUGAUGAUGGUUAUUUCUGAUCCAAGACUCCAUUCUCCUAUGUAUUUCUUCCUGGGAAACCUGUCAUGUCUGGAUAUCUGCUACUCCACGGUGACACUGCCAAAGAUGCUGGAGAACUUCCUCUCUACACACAAAGCCAUUUCUUUCUUGGGAUGCAUAAGCCAGCUUCAUUUCUUCCACUUCCUGGGCAGCACGGAGGCCAUGUUGUUGGCCGUGAUGGCUUUUGACCGCUUUGUGGCCAUCUGCAAACCACUUCGUUACACUCUAAUCAUGAAUCACCAGGUCUGUACCCAGAUGGCCCUCACUGUCUGGAUCAUUGGCUUUUCCCACGCCCUGAUGCACUCCAUAAUGACCUCUCGCUUGAACUUCUGUGCUUCCAACCAGAUCCAUCACUUCUUCUGUGACGUUAAGCCAUUGCUGGAGUUGGCCUGUGGGAACACUGAGCUCAACCAGUGGCUGCUCAAUACUGUCACAGGGACCUUGGGCAUGGCCCCAUUCUUUCUAAUACUUCUGUCCUAUUUCUACAUUAUUGUCUAUCUUUUCUUCAAGACCCAUUCUUGCAGCAUGCUUCAUAAAGCUCUGUCCACGUGUGCCUCCCACUUCACGGUGGUUGUUCUUUUCUAUGUUCCUGUUGUCUUCACUUAUAUUUGUCCCGCCUCCAGUAGCUCCAUGGACCAGGACCGGAUGAUUGCCAUUAUGUACAGUGUGGUCACUCCUGUACUAAAUCCACUGAUCUAUACUUUGAGAAACAAGGAAGUAAAGGGAGCCUUGAGGAGGGUGAUCAGAAGGAGUCUCUGACCUGAAGAAAUCCAGAGAACUCUUCUGAGGCAUAAAUAAAUAGGCUAUAAGA